AUGGCUGCUUCAUACGAGAAGCUGGGCGACCUCGACAAUGCUUUGGAACAUUACCACAAAGCCUUGAUUGGUCGUGAGAUGCAACUCGGUGCCGAUAACCCGCGAACUCUUUCAUCCGUGGUUGCAGUUUCAUCGAUCUACAACGCUCGAGGAGACACUAAUACUGCCUGUGACUUGCUGCUCAGGGCCAUCAAGGGUUUCGAGAAGAGAUGUGGGGAGGACCACAUCACUACCCUUUCGGCAAAGUACAAACUUGCUGAAGUCUAUCGGGGUAAAUCAAUGCUUCAGAUGUCGCUGAAACUCCACCAGGAGGUCCUGGAUCGAAAGCGUGCAACUCUAGGCCCCAACCUUGCGCCAACUCUUAAUUCGGAACAUACCAUUGGCAUUAUAUACCAACAGAUGAAACAACAUAAUGUGACCAUUCUGCACCUCCGGCGUGCGCUGGAAGGAAGAGAGCAGAGUCUCAGCCGUGUUCAUUCUCUGACAACCUCCAUCGCUCUUGAUCUAGCUUCCGCCCACUUCGAUUCUGACCAGCCAGUUGAGGCGAUCAAGUAUUACAACCAAGCACUUGAGGGGAUCCAAUAUCGGAAUCCUGGGUCCAGGACUGCCGGGCUAGUGACGACCGCUAAUAUCGCAUUGUGUUAUUCAGGCUCAAGGACUAUUCUCAGGCUCUCACAUUGUACCGACAAAUUCUGA